AUGGCGAGUAAGCGCGAGCUCACGAGCGAAGACGGCAACAGCAGCACCAAGCGCGCGAAGAUGGAGAACGGAAACGGCAAGCAGGACGCCGGGGGCAAUCCUUACCUUGCCCACUGGAACGACGACAGUAACAGUAAGCCUCUGCGUGUUGACCCAAAUGGCACUUCAGGGUGGUCGACAUUGUAUGGUGGAAUCGCCUUGACUAACAAUCGUAUAGAAGCCAACUCCGCCGACGCGCUCUACAACUUCAAGCGCCACGCGACGACCUCGAAGCAAGCAUCCGCCGCCGAAGAUGGCCCGCUCAAUCCCUUUACGGGCAAGUCGCUGUCGAACAGAUAUAUGGGCAUAUUGAAGAAGCGGAGGGAUCUGCCAGUCCACAAGCAGAGGGAUGAGUUUCUCAAGCUGUACCAAGAAAGCCAGAUCCUCGUCUUCGUCGGUGAGACUGGUUCCGGAAAGACCACUCAGAUUCCCCAGUUCGUGCUAUUCGACGACAUGCCUCACAAAAGCGCGCAAAUGGUCGCCUGUACCCAACCGCGUCGUGUCGCCGCCAUGUCAGUCGCCCAGCGUGUGGCCGAGGAGAUGGACGUGGAGCUUGGAGAAGAGGUCGGUUACAGCAUUCGUUUUGAGGACAAGACGGGACCCAACACCAUGCUGAAAUACAUGACGGACGGAAUGUUGCUGCGCGAGGCCAUGCACGACAACAACCUGACCCGGUAUAGCACCAUCAUCCUCGACGAAGCCCACGAGCGUACGCUUGCGACGGAUAUUCUUAUGGGUCUGCUGAAAGAGGUGGUUCUGAGACGCAAGGAUCUGAAGUUGAUCAUCAUGAGUGCUACGCUCGAUGCAACGAAGUUCCAGAAAUACUUCCACAAUGCGCCGCUGCUCGCGGUACCUGGUCGUACCCACCCCGUCGAAAUCUUUUACACCCCAGCACCCGAGCGGGACUACGUUGAGGCUUCGCUCCGAACAGUCCUGCAGAUUCACGCGACCGAAGACGAGGGUGAUAUAUUGUUGUUCCUUACAGGCGAAGAGGAGAUCGAGGAUGCUUGCAGAAAGAUCAACUUGGAAGCGCAAGAUUUAGUUCGAGAAGACGCUGCUGGACCGCUUGUUGUGUACCCAUUGUACGGUACGCUACCACCCGCGCAACAACAGAAGAUCUUCAGCCCCGCGCCUCCGCCUACCAGGCCCGGCGGACGUCCAGGACGUAAGGUCAUCGUAUCGACAAACAUCGCCGAGACGUCGCUUACCAUUGACGGUAUUGUGUAUGUCGUUGACCCCGGUUUCAGUAAACAAAAGGUGUACAAUCCGCGUAUCCGUGUUGAGUCGCUGCUUGUUUCCCCAAUAUCGAAGGCAUCAGCGCAACAGCGAGCUGGUCGUGCGGGUCGUACUAGGCCAGGAAAAUGCUUCAGAUUGUACACCGAACAAGCGUUCAAGAAGGAGCUGAUUGAGCAGACGUAUCCCGAAGUCCUCAGGUCGAAUUUGGCGAGCACCGUGUUGGAAUUGAAGAAAUUGGGUGUUGAAGAUCUCGUCCACUUCGAUCUAAUGGACCCGCCCGCACCAGAGACGCUGAUGCGCGCUCUUGAGGAGUUGAACUAUUUGGCGUGCUUGGACGACGAGGGCGAGUUGACUGUUUUGGGGUCGCUCGCCUCGCAGUUCCCGCUCGAUCCCGCAUUGGCUGUCAUGCUGAUCACCUCACCCGAGUUUUAUUGCUCGAACGAGAUCCUGUCUCUCACUGCGCUGCUCUCCGUACCGCAGAUAUUCGUCCGCCCUGCUGCCAACCGGAAGCGCGCAGAUGAGAUGAAGGACCUCUUCGCGCACCCUGAUGGCGACCAUUUGACGAUGCUGAACGUCUACCACGCAUUCAAGAGCGAGGAGGCACAGGCAAAUCCUAAGCAAUGGUGCCACGACCAUUUCCUCUCCUAUCGUGCUCUGCAACAGGCCGACAACGUUCGCAUGCAGCUCAAGCGCAUAAUGGAGCGCGAGGAGCUUGAGCUGAUGUCGACAUCGUUCGAGAACAAGAAGUACUACGAGAACAUCCGGAGAGCGCUCGUCGCCGGUUUCUUUAUGCAGGUCGCUAAGCGUGAGGGAAAUGGCAAGACUUACACCACGGUCAAGGAUGAGCAAAACGUCUUGCUCCACCCUAGCACCGUGCUUGGCCAGGACAGCGAAUGGGUAGUGUACAACGAGUUUGUGCUCACCACUAAGAACUACAUCCGCACCGUUACGUCUGUCAAGGCCGAGUGGCUGUUGGACAUCGCUCCUAAUUACUACGACAUUGCUUCGUUCAAGAAGGGCGAGAUCAGGACGGCAUUGCAGCGUGUGGCUACGAAGAUCCAGCGGAAGGAGCAGGAGAAGGGAAAACGAUGA